CGAUGGGUGAACUUUAAAAUUUUACAGUGCAAAUAUUAGAACAGGCCACCACUUGAAAACACUCCCGUUAGAUUCGUUAUUAAGCUACAUAUAUGUGAGAUAACAAAAAUAUUCACUAACGCGACUUGUACUGAAUAAAGUAUCACGAAAUAUUAAUUGGACUGAGGAAUCUGUAGUGGGGGACGAAGCAGUAGGACGAUACAUAUAUACAUAUAUUCAUUUUGUUGUCAUACAAAAUGUUUUCCAAGUAUUUUAGAAGAUGCCGCGACACAAAGUUGAAGACGCCCCAGGCGGGGAUACUGUAAUCUUCGAUGUCGUUGAUGAUAAUGGAUACAGACAGUGUACAUUUGGACAUACCUACGAAGCACAUCAAGAACUCUUCAACAAAAUUCCUGACAUAAAAUGCAAUGAUGACGACUUCCUUCUAAACUCGUAUCCUAAAACAGGAACGAACUGGUUAUGGGAAAUGUUGAUGAUGGUGAUGAUAAAAUCGGGACAGGUGACAGGUGGCAGCAAAGGACAUGGCAUGAUUGAAGCCAUGCCCAUAGAAGUCACAGAGAAUUUACCCUCACCAAGAAUUCUCAACACACAUUUAAAGAUCAAAUAUUUGCCAAAGGAAGCCUUAGGAAAGAAGCUGAAAAUGAUUCUGUUGCUAAGGAACCCGAAGGAUGUUGUUGUCUCCUUUUACAAUCACACAAAAGGCCUUAGAUUCUACGAAUAUGACGGGAAGUUCGAAAACUACCUUCAUAUGUUUAUGAAAGGAGAAGUUGAUUACGGUUCCUACCCAGAUUAUUUACAAGAAUGGCAAACAUUCAUGAAAGAGAGUCCAGAUUACCCCAUUCUUGUAGUUUAUUAUGAGGACCUGAAACAGGACUGUGCAGGGGAAAUGAAGAAGAUAUGUAAAUUUCUUGAAAAAGACGUUAGCGAUGACCUAUUGAAAGAAAUAGUUGAAAGUUGUCAAAUAGACAAAAUGAGAAAAGGAAAACAAGAGAAAAUGACGGAAGAAAUGAAGAAGAGGAUGCAAACUCUUGUGAAAAAUAAGUUUUCCUUGCUAAGAAAAGGUCAGAUUGGAGACUGGAAAAAUUGGUUUACAGUAGCACAGAACGAAGCGUUUGAAAAAUGGUGGGAAGAAGAAACAAAGGAUAUAAAUGCCUUUUCAUUUAAAUAUUGCUAAAUGAAAAAAAAAAAGACAAGCAACAAUCUGCCUAAACAUUCAAACCUGUCAACACAUGUGAAUAGAGAUUACCGAAAAUUUUGCCAUCUGUGAACAGAGUCCAGCUAGAACUAAAGGCCACAAGACUAAUCUUAAUCAGGACAUUUGUACUGUGAUCUAGUCUUUUAUGAUAACGAUCACAAGCGGUUUUCUUUGGUAGUUUUUAAGCUUUCGAAAGUGUUCAUUCGUAAAAGUCAUAUUUUGAAUAUUCAGAAUGACAAGUUUUAUAGAUACAUAAUGCAGAUAUUUAAAACUUCUCUUUGAUAGGUAAAUCAAAUAUUUAUCAUUGUGUAGUAUUGUCUAGGUUAUUUUCGUAUAAUAAAUUGGUGCAAUAUUUUGUCUGCAAGGUUGUA